UUUGAGCAGGGAUAUAAUGUAAUUAUAGGUGAAUGUGAUGUAGGUGAUGCAGUUACUGACUCUGGAGAGUGUAGCUCCUUUGGUCUUUUACAACUUUGAAAAGUACAGUACAUAUGAAAUAUCUUUUAUAUUAAUAUAACAAAUUUAAUAAAAUCAACUUUCUGUUUCAGGUGCCAUCUAUUCCUAUAGCAUGCUGGCACUGACUUACAGAGAAGCCAGAGAGCAGGAGUUCUAAAGAAGUGGGGAUUGAAUGUAAAUCUAACCUGGAGUUCUGUGCCCAGAAGAAAGGUUGAGUCCGACAGAGCAUCUGUGUCUGACACAGCAAAGAAGAUCAGCAUUGUAAUAGCGGAAUAGGCAGAGGGAAGCACAAGACAAGGAGGAGCAAAGAAAGACAUGUGGUGCAAGACAUUGAAGUUUGAGUGAAAGAUUGGAGAACUUGUGAUAAGUUAAAUUAUACAGUAUGUCAGGUUUGACCCACCGAUGGAAAAUAAUUCUUCUAAAAUACUGAAUAAACUAAACAGUGGGGGCAAAAUCAGCAGUGUCUGAACACAUCCAUUGGAUACAGGCAGUCACUAUCCAGUGGGCACGAUGUUCAUGAACUUCCGUCGGAUUCACAAGUUCCAGUGUGUGCAGCUUCUGACCACAGGCCUGCUUCUUUUUGUGAUGAUUAGUUGUUGGGAGGAGCUGGACCACCACGUGGUUAGCCAUGUCAGAUCCUUCACCUAUCGUUACCUGGUGAACCGCUACGACUUUCUCAAUUCUUCCUUCACCAUCACCACCAGCCAUGGCCACAGACCUGAUGGUUCUAACAGUGUGGAUGAAGGAGUGGAGGAAUAUUUCUACCUCAUUAACCACCCCGGUAAAUGUCAAAGAGGUGGUGCAGGUGUCCUCCUGCUUCUCUUUGUGAAAUCAUCACCAGAGAACAUUGAGCAGCGUCAGGCCAUCAGGGCCACAUGGGGAAACGAGAGCAUCAUUUGGUCACAAUUGGGAGAAGUUGUAAAAGUGGUGUUUGUGCUUGGCAUGCACCCAGAUGUCAGGCACCAAACCAGGGUGCAAGCUGCACUACUAGUGGAGGACCACACAUAUGAGGACCUGAUACAGCAGAACUUUGCAGACACUUUCCAUAACCUCACUCUCAAACUGGUCAUGCAGUUCCAGUGGAGCCAGAAUUACUGUCCCCAUGCACGCUUCCUCAUGUCUGCAGAUGAUGACAUCUUCGUCCAUGUGCCUAAUCUGGUGAAGUACUUGCAACAGCUCACGAGUAGUCAGUUAGUAGCAAAGGACCUUUGGUUUGGUCAUGUACACAGAGGAUCCCCUCCAGUUCGUCAUAAACACAGCAAGUACCAUGUUCCUUAUGAGAUUUACCCAUGGCCAUCCUACCCCGACUACACCGCUGGAGCAGGUUAUGUGGUUUCAGCUGAUGUAGCAGCCAAGAUCUACCGCGCAACUCUCAUUCUGAACUCCUCCAUUUACAUUGAUGAUGUCUUCAUGGGGAUUUGUGCUAAGGCCAUGGGAGUUUCUCCACAGGAGCACAUGUACUUUUCAGGGGAGGGGAAGGCUCCAAAUCACCCAUGCAUAUAUGAUCGCAUGAUGACUUCGCAUGGCCAUGGCACAGAUAUGCACUCACUUUGGCAAGCAGCAACAAAUUCCACAGUGUACACCUCCAGAGGAUAUGUCGGCAAGCUGUACUGCACAGCAGUGAGGAUUAUGCUGCUGUGUUUUCUGUCAUUACAGAACUCAUACUCCUGCUUGGCUGCUUUUACAUAAAUGGAUGGCUGAGAAAUACUUCUCCUACCUUUCCAUGUGAGGUUUCACAUUUUGCUGGCUACACAGUACAGUACAGUACAGUACCUAUUAUCUUAUAAAGCAGAAUCAAGCUGCUCCGCUGACCAUCAUGAUAAUCAGGUUUCACAUAUCCUCAACCCGGACAAGUUUAUUUUUAAUUAGUAAAUUUGGAUUAUGUGUACACAUAGUGCUUCAUAUGCUGCUUCAUAGUGCUUCAUAUUGUUAUUUCUGCCCGCUAUGAAGAAAUGUAAAUGUGCAUGGUUAUCAUUAAAACACAGUUGACAUGCGUUUCUUGCUGUA